AUGACUAAUUUAAAAAAAGAAUCAAACGGCAUCAAUUCUUUCGUCAAAUCGAUUGAAGUCGUGGUCCCUCCUGACCGCAGAACUGGUAGAGGAUUGAAAAAUAUAACCCAAAGUAUAGUAGACGUUAACAUUCCUUUUAUGAAGAAACUUUUCUUUUGCGAAGAAGGGAUGGCUAACAACAAUUUAGCUAUACAUGAAGCGCCACCAAAAACUUUAAAAGAUUGGAAGAUUCCAAAGCCGCGUGACCUUGAAGCAAUACACCUCGAUAUUGAUCGUUUCGAUAUUGGUGUAGUUGUAUCAUUUGGGUACUUCUUAGCGCCAGUUAUUCUUGAAUCCUUUACGAAAGGAUCAAUGAAUGUUCAUCCUUCAUUAUUACCAAAAUAUCGUGGUGCUGCCCCAAUCCAAUAUGCAAUUUUGAAUGGUGAUCAAGAAACUGGAAUUACAAUUCAAGAACUUCAUCAUGAAAUUUUCGAUGCUGGAAAAAUUUUAAGGCAGAUUAGUGUGGCCAUCCCUUCUGAAUCCACUUACUUGUCACUUGAGUCAAUCCUCGCAGCGGAAGGUGCCGAAUUACUGGUUGAUACACUUCAAUACCUUGAUUAUUUUCAAGCUAAUGCACAAGAACAAGAUGUGACAAAAGUCACAAAAGCUCCAAAAAUUCCCAAAGAUAUGGCUGAAAUUAAGUGGAACCAGAUAACUGCAGAUAAAUUAGAUAAAUUAUAUCGUGCUAUAUCACAUCAGUAUGCAUUAACCACAAAUUUUAUUGAGAAACGUAUACAAUUACAUAAUACCUCAUUACCUUCUGAACAUAAACAACAAAAUAUCAGAAAUAAAAUUGCAACUACAAAUUAUAGUCCGGGUACGAUCAUUUAUGAUUCAAAAUCUUUAGAUUCGAUAUAUAUUAUCUGUAAUGAUGAUAAAUUAAUUGAAUGUCGAAGUGUUAAAAUGGAAGGAAAAAAUGAAAUUUCGGUAAAAGAUUGGAUUAAUGGGUAUGGAGUAGAGAUUCCUGGGUUUGCUCAGAAUCUUGAAUUUUGCGGAGCUCUUUAUGAUUUCGAAGAUCACUUAAGUAGUGGUGAACAAGAAAUGUUUCCUUCAAAUUACAUUGAGAUAAUUAAUAAGGGAGGUGGUAAUUCGGAAGGUAAUGAAAUUAAAAAUAAAUUAAAAUCUUGA